GCACAGUUGUACCACCCAGUUGAUUUGUGCGGUUGUUCACGACUGUGGAAGGCAGGCAGACGGCUUAACAGUAUUUGUAUUUUACGUGGAGAUUUCAUUUUUGUAAUUUAAAAACCUUAUAAACUGCGAAACAAUGGCUUCUGGAGUUACCGUGUCUGAUGUGUGCAAAACCACAUAUGAAGAAAUAAAAAAGGACAAAAAACACCGCUAUGUCAUUUUUUUCAUUCGCGAUGAAAAGCAAAUUGAUGUUGAAACUGUUGGAGAUCGUAACAGCGAAUAUGAUCAAUUUUUAGAUGAUAUUCAAAAGUGCGGCCCCGGUGAAUGCCGAUAUGGCCUCUUCGAUUUCGAGUAUAUGCAUCAGUGCCAGGGCACAUCGGAGAGUUCAAAGAAGCAAAAGCUUUUCCUUAUGUCGUGGUGCCCCGAUACUGCUAAGGUUAAGAAGAAGAUGUUGUACUCUAGCUCCUUUGACGCUCUUAAGAAAUCCCUCGUCGGAGUCCAAAAAUACAUACAAGCAACCGAUUUAUCCGAAGCUUCCCGCGAGGCUGUCGAAGAAAAACUACGAGCCACUGAUCGUCAAUAAAUAAACAUAACUAUUCUAUGUAUGCAUCGCAUUUAACAUAAAAGGCAUGCAUAAUACAGCGAUGACGUUAAGAGUAUUGGGUCGAUAUCGCCAAUUUGUAUGAAACUUUUCUACAUAAUUUGUAUUUUCAGUAGAAAUAAACAAAAAAAAAUAAUAAUUAAAUUA